AUGGCCUAUCGAAACCAGUCCUCCGAGCCACAGCAAUUGCGCAAACCACCCUCUUCAGCACCCGCUGACCCUGAACGAACUCAAGCUACCAACCAUCCUCACGCAAGUACGACGCUCAAUACCAUCUUGCCGCUGCUAGACGCGUUCAACCAUCGUCAUCACAACCAGCACCGCACCUCCCACUGGUGGGCGACAUUUGGAAUACUUCGUCGCUCCCUCCGGGCCCUCGCCGAGUGUUUGGACCAACCGGUCGUGGAUAGCAGUCGCAAUCGCACCGACCAUGCCGUCGUCCGGGCCUCGUGGCUGAAUACACAUGUCCUGCCACGUGCUUUUCUCCAGGUCCAUGGUUUCUUAUCAGGCAUGUUACCGCAGAACGCAGCACCAGCCAAAGCAAAGCUACCAAUGCAAAAGUCUCCAAAUCCUCCGUCGCCGAAUCAUCCAUCCGUUAUUGGCACUGAACACACAGACCGGGGUGUGGUAGUUUCCAGAGAGACUAUAAUACAAACAGGCGACGACGCCGUGGACCUCCAGUCUAAGAAGCGCAGCCGAGACGAGAUCAAGUCACAUGCCAGAGCAACGUCCAACAUGGACAGGGAGAAGGACAAGAAGCCCAGGAAAAAGAAGAAGAAAGCUGGUGACGAAUUGUCUAGUUUAUUUGACUCCCUGUCGUAG